CUCUCCUCCAGUCCAGCAGAUGGCAGUAACGCAGAACCGACCGUUCACAUAAUACAUACUUCUAGUUCCGUAGCUUGCAGCAUUAAUCAAUCCAAGCAACGAAAACAGCGAUUUACCUUCACAAUGGCUGAGGUGGAAGAGACGAUCAAAAGGAUUCAGAGUCAGAAAGGAGUACAAGGAAUCAUCAUUGUUAAUGCAGAAGGCAUCCCCAUCAAAAGCACUCUUGACAACUCAAGCACAGUUCAGUACGCCGGUAAUGUCCACCAGCUGCUCAUGAAAGCUCGGGGAAUGGUGAGGGACAUUGACCCUCAAAAUGAUCUCACCUUUCUCAGAGUUCGAUCAAAGAAGAAUGAGAUCAUGAUUGCCCCAGAUAAGGACUAUUUCCUGAUCGUCAUUCAAAAUCCUACAGAGUAGUUCUGAAUUCUUCGUAGUUAAAUAAAUUACAA